AUGUUCGCCGCAUGCAAGCGCCCUGUCUGGCUGUCUCUACUAUGCCUGCGCCGGCGCCGUCGUCGUCGUCGUCUCCUCUGUCUCCAGGUGGAGCCGGAGUGGGUACCAAAUUCAGGAACACUCGACGCCCGAGCUCUCCCAACCAUCUUGCCACUCUUUGCCCACGGCGCCCGCCGCUCUGCCUUUCUCUGCACCCGCCCCUCGUCCAUUGAUUCCCAUCCCGUUUACGACGCACUUUUGCUUUAUCCCACACGCCCACUGCUGCUGACUGCCCAUCAUCUGCAUCUUCGAUUUAGCGCCCGGCUUUUCUGUCUCUUGCGUCACUUGUUCUUGCCCGUUGAAAGCCGCCAAGCUUUUUCGACGCACGCGUUCCUGGCCCAUCGCCCUUAUCCCGGCCGCCUCCCCCCCUCCCAGUCUGGGCCAGGAGCCAUUCGACUUCCCCUUGAAUCUCCAUCUCCCUUUUCUCCUGCCUCACGACACGACACCAGCUGCGGUUCCCAGCUGUCUUUUUUGCUCGCCGCCUUUGCACGCCCUGCCUCUACCCGACAAUAA